AUGGUCCGAGCGCAUCGUGUAAUUGGCGCUCUCAUCAUCGGCGAGCCUGCUAAUUCGGCUUGAUCCCUUUGCGUACGCUUCGCUAUUCUCCUCUUUUCACGAUCACCGUCGUCCACGUCAAGCGCGACAAUAUCUAAAACCAAAAAUGACCCGAACAAGCAGACGCCACACCUCGUCAACUCGCCAGAACAACCGCCGCGAGGCGUAGCCGCGAUCUCUCGCUAUGUCAAUACCUAUCUUGGUACUUCAGCCCAUCCACACGAUUUGAAGGGCGUUCAAACACACCGACCAAAGCUAUUCAACAGCAACUGGUCCAGCCUCAAGCGUGUACUUGAUCUUAUUCUACGACUUGCACGCGAGGAUGGCGCAGAGUCAAGAAGCCGAAUCAAUGGCUGGAUCGCCGAGCAGGUGGGCAACACUUCGUACUUCUCGGAUUGAUUCUCCGGAUUCGAAAAAGCUACUGAAUACUUGCCUUAUCCGCGUGCAGGCCGACUCAAUCAUCAUUAAAGAGAUGAAGCGAACCAAGUCCGCCUUCGUGGCUAGCCAUGACUUGACUCCCGAAGUCCUCGCAUCCGAUUACAUCGACGCCCGGCUCGAUGCAAUCGCCGAAGACAACCCUUUAAUCAGCGGACGGGUUCGUACCUUGCUAUCACAAUGCGGAGACCCUCCACCGGCCGAGCCAAUCAAUCGCGACAAGGACCCAACAGCUUCCACUGAUGUCGAGAUGGAAGAAGCCACCCUGGAGAAUGGUUCCGAUCCGGGGCAAGAACAAGAGGCUGGUCACGAAAGAAAGCGUAUCGAGUUUGUGAGUGUUUCUGACCAUGGCUCGGCUGGGUAUCGCAGCGAACUGACACCAAAAACUUCAACACGCUGGCCGCAGCUUUACUGCAGUGUCAUGGGUCAGAUCGCAUUCGCUUGCAACCGAAGGAACAACGCCAUGCAGCAUCGCAACGGUCUCAUGACUCUCGCAUGUGGAGCGAACGAGCGAUUGACAAUGUUUCUGUACGAUUGCGGCUUGACGACAUGUCGCUGGGCGACUCUCCAGGCAGCUGCGAGCUUGACGAAGGCGAAUUCGACGGAACUGAAGGAGAUUGGCUCGAACAAGUACUUCCAUGUGACCGUUGACAACAUCGACGUCACACAUCACGUCAACGAUCGGCAAUUGGAUCGACGAACCGAGCUGCUUCAUCGAACUUUUGGUUACGCCCACAUUCAGAACGGAGAUAUUGCCGGCGCUUACAACCUUCGAGCCUACUCUGCACAUCAAGCGUCUUUACCGCGAGUCAAUCUCCAGCAUCUCCUCCCAACUCCCCAAUCCGACUCGUCAUCUACAACCGGGAUAAAAGCUCAGAUAUAUCGAGCGCUUGCUCGACUGGUCCCUCAUCUUGGCCUCAGUCUUCUUGAUGCACACCACCCCCCUGUCCUCGUCAUAGACGGGCAACUUGACGCGCUCUCGAAAGGACUCGUUAGAGAUCAACUUUGCCCAAUCUGCAUUGUUCAUAUGCAUUUCAGGAGACUUGACACGCAACAGGAAGGAAAAUCAACACAUGUGUACUUCACUCAAACAGGAGGUCAACCGGCACAUUCGAUCAGAAUGAAGGAGAUCUUGUGAUUGGGGUCGUCCAACUGCCUGUACAGCUCGCCGUCUCUCCAGGUCUCCUCAGAUACGACAAUCGCGUUCUUUCCCUUUCAAUUGAGAUUGGCAGCCUGAAAGAAGCAUGUGACCGCGGAAAUCAGCACGAAUGUCGGUCCAGCAAGCCCAGUCGGCAGAAAAACUCACCUGAUGCAGUGAUUGCUCAGUGCAUUCAGUGGAAUGACAACAAUGGUGACGGCCCGGCGUCCGUAAAUGAGAUACAUUGCUUCGAAGAUAACACUUUUGCCUGAACCGUUGGCGCUGUGACGAACACAGCGUCACAUCGAUUCCGGUUCCCAAAUUGAUCGAGUUCGAAAGGGCAGCAAUGGCCUCGAUCUGCACAGGCCGGGGGGUAGAGUCCUCGUCAAGACUUUCGCCCAGAAUCACUUUGAUCUUCUUGCGUAA